CAUCCCCAUUUCCUAAAAGAAGCAGAGACAGACACAAAGCAGUGUGGCAGAGCAGAAGAGGGCAGAGGGAGGCAGUGAAUGGAGAAUAAACGCAGAAAAAACAGGGUGAAAAGAUGCACAGGAGCUGAAUCAGUUCUUGUGUGAAUGGACAAACAACAAUGUGCUGGUGACCGGGAGCUAGUGAGCUCAACCACAGAGCAAUGAGAAAGCAGACGGACUUCAGCCUCUCCAGCUGAAUCCUCCCUCUCUAGGCUUCUGACACAACCCAGGGAAAAAAAAGGUUUUUUGAUUUAAAUCUGCUCUUCUUUUUUUGAAAUGCUGCUGAAGAGGAUUUGUAUGUGCUGUUGUUCUUGAGUGAGCACAGUGUGCGGCGUGGAGACCCGGCAGGCUGCUGCUCCUCUCCCUGCUGCCUCUGAAUUUGGGCUAUGGUCCUGACUGAGAAGCAGGGCAUUACCCAGAUGCAGGGCUGCGACCGGUUAAGCUUCUGAACAUCAGCAUGGGAGCCAAACAGAUGAAAUGCCUGAGCUCAGCAAGUCCUGCUCACACCCCCAAAGAGGAGUACAUUAUCACCCAGUCCAGCGACACCCUGAAAGACGAGAGUGGCCAUGAUCACUCCGCGGGCCAGGGGGAGACUCAGGAUGACAAAUCGGUGCUGACAGAGAAGAAAUCUGUCACAGAGGAGGUCUCUCUCUGUGGGUUGUGUCCUUCCCUGGGGAAUGAUGUGCAGGAGGAGGAGAAGUCGUGGGAGGAGCAGCUGGAGGCUCACCAGGAGCAGCUGGAGAAGGAGAUGCAGGAGGCCCGCAGGAUGGUGUUCCGCUUGCAGGCUUUGCUGCUCAACGGUUCCCUCCCUGAAGACGACCAGGGUGGAGCCGUGAUGUUCAUGGACAACCGGGCCAGCGCCGAGCAGCAGCUGGUUUUAAUCCGCAGUCGCUUGGACCAAAGCACGGAAGAAGCCCUUGAUCUCAAGAGGGAACUCCUCAGACACAAGCAGGAGGUUCGUCACAUUCAGGCCAUCAAGGAUGCACUGCAGCAGCGCCUGGCAUUACAAGAGGAUGCUGUGCUGCAGCUCAAGCAGGAACUACUGAGGAGCAACAUGGCCAAAGAUCAGCUGGAGGGGGAGAAUUCGGAGCUCAAAGGCAAGUUGAGUGAACGUGACAAAUUACUCAGCGAAUACGAGCAGCAACUUGGCCGGAAGGACCGAAUUCUGCAGCAAAAGCUGGAUAGCGUUCAGCCCAGAGCGCAUGAAGUCAGUCACGCACGGGUAUUCAGGAGUGAAAGUGGAGGUUUCAGUAACUCUGUAGCGUCGCCAUCGCUGUCCACCCACCACAGUGCACCGGGGGAAGAGCUUCAGCUGGUUCGUGAAGCCCUACGCAGUUUGCGGGACAGUUUUUCGGGUCAUGACCCACAACACCACACCCUUGACACUCUGGAGCAGGGGGUGGCCAGUCUGAUGGACCGCCUUCACUCUCAGGAGUCCCAGCGACGACAGAACCGUGGGGAGGAAUAUAAAUCCCCGGGGCGCCGAGCCAACUCCACAGACCGUGACUCGUGGCCAACAAGCUCAAAAAUGGCUCACUCUCACAGCAGCCCAGGCUUGGACACAGCCGUCUCCACUAAAGUGCUCUACUUCACCGAUCGCUCUCUCACUCCUUUUCUAAUUAACAUCCCGAAAAGGCUCGGUGAAGUGACUCUGCGCGACUUCAAGGCCGCUGUGGACCGACAAGGCAGUUUCAGAUACCACUUCAAAGCUCUCGACCCAGAGUUUGGCACGGUGAAAGAGGAGGUAUUCCAUGAUGGAGCCGUCGUGCCCGGCUGGGAGGGGAAGAUCGUAGCGUGGGUGGAGGAGGACCACGGGGAGAGGAGGUAGAACUUGACAAACCGAAGAUCACCACUACAAACCUCAACUGUGCGCCGCUAGGACAGACUUCGCCUGCAGAGCUUUAUUACAGACUAUUUAUUUUCCACCCCACACUAAUAUACACCUUUUUGACAGCUAACAUUUCGGACAGAAACAGGGGAGUUGUAGGUCACCAAACUGCAGUUGUUGUGAAGUGUUCUGAUCUGCAGUGAGACUUUAGUUUAACUCUAAAAUUGAAGGGAAAAUCAUAUGAUUAUUAUUAAUGUUUGAUAUUAUUGAACAGAUUCAUUCGCAUUGGCUGUGAGAAAUGCCAAGUCAAAUUGCAUGAAUGUUUGGACCUUAUUCUCUGGAAUGCUCGUCCUUUGAUCUUCACUGAAUUGAUUCUCCAACUGACUUCAUGGCAACUGAGAUGUACCAGACGCGGCCUUGGUUCGCUUAGUGUUGGAGUCAAGACUGUGUCAAGACUAGUGAAUAGAGACGGAGACUGAAGUCUGUUCACCAUGUAAACACUCACAUUCAUUUUUCACUGCCAAAGAAACAGGAGUCAUUUUUUAAAAAUAAGUUUGGUCUCUGUAUGCUCUGCUCUCGACACGUUCUUGUCUCCACAACACUCGAUUCAAUAGCUGGAGCUGCAUUGAGUCCCGCUUGUGACACCUUUUGUCGGGUAACCACAGUUUUCAAAUCAGAUCUUCAAACUUAACGUUCACACCAAACAAGAUUUAAGCAACAAAAAGCAUCUGAUUUACAUGUGAGGCCACACUAGAGGCGCGGUCACGUGCGGUAAACUCACAGAGCUACAGCUACAGAGUUCACAUGCUGAAGUGGAAAAGUCUGAACUUGCAUUAACCAUAUGCAAGGGGGAAAGUCAACAAGCCAAUAACUGAAAUGGAAGACUGGAAUUAAAUUUUUUUAUUAGCUUUUCUUCUGCUGUACUGUAGAUAUACUGCUACAAUUCUGCCCCCCAGAUCUGCCAUAUUUACUCUCCACUAGUUUCAGACCGCUUUUUAACCCGACUUCAGUAAAGUCGUUUUGGUGGAAGCAAACCAGUAACUUACUCGGGCGCUGCCAAGUCACGUUAGGUUGUGAACGUACGUUUCUCCACCCCGGUGGCUUCAUGAAACAGUGUGGUCAUUUUCUGAGCUCAGUAGGUGGCGCUCUCGAUUUAAAAAUGAUGGCACAUUUCAUACAAAUGGUUGUUCAAAUGUGAGCAGAGAGUGCCAUCUAGUGGGCUCUAAAAGUGAGGACACUGUUUCGUGAAGCCUCCUCGGCUCUUCCUAACCAUGUGUCUUUCAUGAGGUAACAACCUGAUGGACUCUGACCACUGCAGACGGGAAACACUUCAGAACAGCUGCAACUUUGGUCGGAACUUGGUGAUCAAUUUACAGCUGAACCAUGAGGUAUUUAAUCCUGUGUACUUCAUUUGCGAAUGUAAAAAAGCUUCAGUGUCGCUUUGACAGUGGAUGCGCUACAAAGACUUUUAAUUUCCCGCACACACAAGAACACUUUUGAUGAGUAGUAAGACAGUUAACCACAGAACACACACCAGUCCAAUGUCCAUUCCUCUUCAUAAGCAUCUGAACAUUCCCUGCCAUCUGCCAGGAUGUAUAGUCUCAGCAAAGGUUUGUUUAUAUACAGCGCGUGUAAACACGUUUUCAAAUGUCGGACAUUAAGAAAAAUGGAAGCGACACAGAGAGAGUGUUUCGUUUACAUCCAACAGGGACCAACUGACCUUGUUCUGAACUUUUAUUUAAGCUUCUUCUCUCACUUUGGUAAGGGAUGCUUCUCGGGCGUUUUUGCUGCUCAUCGCUCGUCGUAACUGUGAAAGAUGAUUCCGUAAAAACUCCAAAGCUGUUGCUGUGCGAUGCCAUUAUCUGUACGGACGAAAAUGUUUACUGACGUUUCACACAAGUUCCAGAUUGCCAAACAGUGAUUCCUGUGCUGUUGAUGUUUUAAUAAACAUAUAUUAGCGCGUGGAUCGAUUCUGUUGUCAAUUACUCCUGCUAUGCUAAUUACACAGGACGCCAGCUUGGAGCCAUUACACACCUCCACACACGCACCCACGAAUGAAUCAACAAAGGCCACAGAUUGUCAUUAAUGUCCCUUCUUUUUCCUCGCAGGUUAAAAUCAGAAUUUACUGCAGAUGCUCAGCCCACACAGAUUCAAUAAUUACAGGAGGGGUGAGGGGUUUAUCUGUUUAUUCGUGACUCCCUGGGGUUUGCACGUGUUUCAAACUGGAACCCGCUCUGGCCCGUUUUCAGAGUCUGAACGUGGGACCAACUGGCUUUUCAUAACAGAUCCACUUGCAAAA